GAGUCCCAGUGAGAUAUAGGGAAGGAAGGGAAAUAAGCAGGCACAGACGCUGGCAGCCAUCAGGAGUUCAAGCUUCUUUGACAGCAGGAGACUGGAAGAAGGAACAGAAGUGGCACUGGCUUUAAUGGGGCUCUUACUGGGCCUCCUACUCCUGGGCCACCUAACGGUGGUCACCUAUGGUCUUCCCAUCCUGGAAGCACCUGAGAGUGUGACAGGGCCUUGGAAAGGGGAUGUGAAUAUUCCCUGCACCUAUAGUCCUCUGCAAGGUUACACUCAAGUCUUGGUAAAGUGGUUGGUACAACGUGGUUCAGACCCAGUCACCAUCUUCCUACGUGACUCCUCUGGAGACCAUAUCCAACAAGCAAAGUACCGGGGCCGCCUGCAUGUGAACCAUGGAGUUCCAGGAGAUGUUUCCCUCCAACUGAAUACUCUGGAGAUGGAUGACCGGAGCCACUACAUGUGUGAAGUCACUUGGCAUAACCCUGAUGGCAACCAAGUAGUGAGAGAUAAGAUCAUUGAGCUCCGUGUCCAGAAACUCUCUGUUUCCAAGCCCACAGUGACAACUGGCAGUGGCUAUGGCUUCACAGUGCCCCAAGGAAUGAGGAUUAGCCUUCAGUGCCAAGCUCGUGGUUCUCCUCCCAUCAGUUAUGUUUGGUACAAGGAACAGAUUAACAACCAAGAACCCAUCAAAGUAGCAGCCUUGAGUACCUUACUCUUCAAGCCUGCAGUGGUGGCCAACUCAGGCUCCUAUUUCUGUACUGCUAAGGGCCGGGUGGGCUCUGAGCAGCGCAGUGACAUUGUGAAGCUUGUGGUCAAAGACUCUUCAAAGAUACUCAAGACCAAAACCGAAGCACCUACAACCAUGCAAUCCCCUUUGGAAGUAAACCCAUCCUGGAGCUGGACCACUGAAGUGGAUGGCUAUCUUGGGGAGACCAGUGCUGGGUCAGGAAAGGGCUUGCCUAUGUUUGCCAUCAUUCUCAUCAUCUCCUUGUGUUGUAUGGUGGUCUUCACCAUAGCUUCUAUCAUGCUCUGCCAGAAGACGUCCCAACAGGAGCAUGUCUAUGAAGUGGCCAGGGUGCAUGCCAGGGAGGCCAACGGCUCUGGUGAAACCAUGAGGGUGACCAUCUCUGCAAGUGGCUGCUCCAGCGAAGAGCCAGCUUCCUGGACUCUGGGCAACGACUACUCUGAUGAACGCUGCCUGAGUCAGGAGUCCCAGAUCAUCACCCGGAUCAACAAUGACUACACUCACCCGCUGCACACAGUUCCCCCAGAUUAUGAGCUUCUGGCCACCAACAGAAAGAGACUCUGCUAAAAAUGCCUAUUAGGCCAGGGCCUACUGAUAUAUUUGCCUAUUCAGCCCCUGCCUUCUGCAUGGCCCCCUUCCCUGCUACCUUUCUUUCUGGAUAGUGCAACAUGUCUUCCUUGCCAACAUUAGGGCCCCUAGAAGUAACUGGCUUUGCUUAAGAAGUUACUAUAAGUACCACAAGCAGGUCUGCUGCUGGGUAAGGCCCUAGGCUCUUCUGGUAUCCCUGCCUGGGGCUUCCACUUCUUCUCUCCAAAGACCAGAGGGAAGUGUUCCUAACACUAGGACUUAGCCGUCAUGCCUCAAGACACCACUCACCUUUGGCCUCUUGCCACCAGAAGACCAGAAGGAGGCUCAGCUCUGCCACCUCAGUGAACCAGAUGAGUCCAGGAUCACUUCCCUUUCUCUAGGGCCAGAUAGCUUUUGAGAUUGUCAUGUAACAAGCCAGAGUUCAGUUCUACUCUGCACUAGUGUUCUCAUACUCUUUUGGUACUCAAUAAAUAUCUAAUCAUGAUAGCAA